AGCGAGCCGGCUCUGCCCAGCGGCGGGGCGGCGCCAUGGCGCCCGCCACACUACAACUCCCGGCGGGCCGCGGGCCGCCCGCCCAGCCGCGGAGCCUCACCCGGAACCGGGGUGCCUUCCAGGCCUCUCCGUUUGCUUCCCGGGCAGGCCGCGCGGGUGCCGCCAUGUCGUCGGUUGCAGCCGCCAGCUGCGAGCCCAAGGGCGGCGGGGAGGCGAAGGGGCAGAAGCAGCCGCUGAAGCCCUGCUGUGCCUGCCCCGACACCAAGAAGGCGAGGGACGCCUGCAUCAUUGAGAAGGGGGAAGAAAAUUGUGGGCACCUAAUUGAAGCCCACAAAGAGUGUAUGAGAGCUCUGGGCUUCAAGAUAUGAGUGAGAUGAGCAGGACUGCGAGUGUGAUGAUGCCCGUUGUGUGACUGAUGGACUGGAAGGCUGAAAAAUAAACUAUUUCUGCAAGUUACUUCAAAGGACAAAUAUGAACAAAGUAUCUAUUUAUAAGAGUCUUUAAUAGUAGACUAGUCAUGGUGUAUACAUCUGCAGCUUUUCCACUGUUAGCUCUUUAUUGCUGUUAUAGAAAAAGUAUAUUUUUCCCCUCUUAUUAAAAGUCUAAAA